AUGACAUAUUUCAUUUACAACGGCUUAUUUGCCGCGACAUCUCCCGUUAUCUUCGACUCUACUCUGAAUGGGCCUCCUGUCGGGAACAAGUUGCCAAAGCCCCCUCAGUCAGAGAAAAGACCACCGGUAAAUGUCAGUAUCAGUAUCAUUCUGAAGGACCAGAAACUUAUCAUUGAUGAUAACCGUCAAGUUAUCAUUGAUGGUCAAAAGUCUGUGGAUAUGGGUUAUGGAACUGAACGGAAGAGGAGACCUUCCGGAGCAUGGCAGCAUGAACCCGAAGACAAUUAUGCACCAUAUUAUCAUGCCAUGAGACGGAAGGCCAAUCAAACCCAGGCAAAAUCAGAGGAUCAGAAGUACGAAGCCAGAGGCCAGCCCCCGGAUAAGUUCAGCCCAGCCCGGAACGGGAAAGAAACGCGACGGAUCAGUGGGUCGAGACGCGGGUUGGCCGGAUGCUCAUCGUAA